AUGGAUAUAACAGAUUCUAUGCCAACACAACAACAACAACGACAAAUUUUUUUAACACCAAAUCGAUAUAGAGAUUAUAGUAAAAACAAAAAAAAUAAUGAUAAUGAUAAUGAUAAUGGUCCAGACUACAAGUGGAAACCUAAAAUUACUGUGAAAUGCAAACAUUUUUUAUAUCAUUUAACAUAUUCUGAAAUAUUAAAUAUACAUAAUAAUAAUAACAGUACAAAAGAGCAUGAUAAUUAUAAUGCAAGGUUAUUAAAGAUAACAACAUUCAAUAUUAUGGUGUACAUAGAUAUCCCCACAAUAGACUAUUAUCUAGAUGAACUAAAGGAUAAUAAACUAUCUAAAUUUAAUAGAAAAUUUAAAUUAAAUAAAUUGAAGUAUUCCAUAUGGAAAUCUUUUACAAACAAUGAUCCGGAAUUUUGGGAUAAAUUUAUUCUCUGUCAUAGAUUUAACGAAAAUAAUGAAUCACCAACUAUUAAUUGUAAUCUCUCCAUUAAAUCAAGUGGUUCUUUGCGAUAUGUGGAGACUAUCAAAUUUCUAAUUGAAACUAUAUAUGACACAUUACUGCCGUACAAUAAUAUAAUAAAAUUAAAGAUCGAUUUAAAUGUAUCCAAAAUUUCUUUGAAAUGGUUUAAAAAUUUUUUGAAAAAACCAAUUCUAAAUUAUAUUAGAUUCAAGGAGAUUUUAAAUUCAAAUCUAUCACCAGUGAAUUCUUCUGAUUUAAGCAUCAUUGAUUUCCCAUUUAAAGAAUAUUUUAAUAAAUUAAAUGAGAAAUUUUCUUUCAACGAAAAUAAACCAAAAAAUUCAGAUGCAAUAGAUACUAUCAUUGUCAUAACGAACAGCAUGGGUAUUAAAGCAUUAUUAACAAUAUUAGCUGAUAAACCUUUGACGAAUUUUAUUGACCAACGAUCUAUCGAUGAAUUUUACAACGAUUCUUUGUCUAAAUCUAAUACAAAUUCAUUAACUAGACAAAUUAGUAAUAAUAGUUCCACAAGCCAUAGUAGUACCAGUACCUCAACUACUGUUAGUACAUGUAGUUAUGCAAAUGACCUCUCGACCACUUGCGAUACUAAUAGCGUUGCUUCUACUAACAUCAAUGAUUUCAAUAAUAUUAAUAAUAAUGGGCCUGUUGGUGGUACAUUAAGAAGGGAGUUAUCUUCAUUAUUAAAUUUUCAAAAAACGGUGUUAACAUCUAAUAAAGAUAAAUCUGUCAGAAUAAGGUCAUUAUCGAUCAAUAGGAGGACUGGUAAACUUUUGGAACCUCAUUUGAGUAAGAUACCCUUUAAGACACAAGUCAUUAGUAAUCAUAAAGAACCAUUUGGGACAAUCAGUAGAACAAAAGAUAUUUUACAAUUGAUUGAUCAGGAAGAUAUACAUCAGUUAGAGAAGGAAACAAACAUCAAUAAGAAGUUGAAAAAUAAAAGAGUUGGAAACACUAGACCAUUAGACUCAGAUCAACCACUUUUGACUGACGAUGAAGAUAUCUUUAUUUGUGGUGACGAAUUUUCUGGAGAUGAUGAUGAGGAAGAAGAAGAUUAUGGUUAUGAUGAUGAAAGUGAGGAUGAGGAAAGUGAUGAUAAUGAUGAGGGGAUCAGUUUCUAUGUUCCAAGUUUAUUAUCUCGUUCGGGUUCUUCUUCAGAUAUUAAUUCCUUAAACACAGUUCCUUACCCAAGGAAGGGAAGAUUUAGAUCGUUAAGUUUAAUGGAUCCAGCUCAGAGGCAACCAUUUAACUAUGAUAAAACAUUAAUUAAUUUAGAAAACAAUCAUGAUAAUAGUAAUAGUAAUAACCAAAACAUCGAGAAUGCUAUUGAAAAUGGUAUAGCUAAACCUAAACCUAACAGUUUUACAAAUAUUUAUAUUCAUGAUGGCAAUUUCAAUGAUACAUAUACCCCGAAGCAUUAUAAACGCAAAUAUAAUAAUAAUUUUAAUUCCAACAUAGUAAACAUUUACUCAAAUACCAUUACAACGCCGAUUAAUCCAAAUCUCAAUGGGUUGAUUCCUCCUGAAUUUUAUACUAGAUUCUCUACACCCUCUUUAAGUAAUCAUAAUUCAACUAGUUCAUUAAACAGCACAUAUCUUUCGCCCUAUUAUACCAACAACGAAAAUACAUCAACUCCAGGUCCAACAACAUCAACAUCACAGAUAAAUAUAUUUGAAAAAAAUCUGAUAAAUAAAUCAUUUGAAUUAAAUAGAAACAUUAAUAAUUCUGGAGAAAAUAUUUUUAAUAAAUUAAUUAACAAAAAAAACGAGGAAAGAAAUAAACAUUUUACAUUGAUGAAUUUUUCUGAGCGUGAAUUUACAGAUGACAAUAAUAAUAGUGAUAAUGUCAAAGAAACUCAUGAUAAUCGUUUAUUAAGAGAAUUAGAAGAAGAAGAUCAAAUGAUGGGUACAGUUCAAAAGGAUAAUAUUGCUAAAGGUAUUUUACAGAAACCUCCAUCUGGUAUACCUUAUAAAAUUCAUGGCUCUACUACUACUUCGGGAAGUAAUUUAACUUUAUUCAAUUAUAACAAUUCCGAUACAAAUACUGUAAAGCCAAUUAGUAAACAGUCCACUUUAACUCAAUUGAAUUUGAGUUUAUAUAGUGAAGAUGAACAUCCAUUAGAAAAUUCGAAAAUGAAACAAAAGGACUUUGGCAAUUAUAUAGUAGUUUCAGAAGAACCUGAAGUUUCUGCGUUUAGGAGAAUCGCGUCAUUAAACUUAUACUGUUCAGAUGAUGAGCAGUCUGAUGAAUAUUCCUCAAAUAUGUGGGUGUUGGGUGGAAAUAGAUGA